AUGAAACGUCAUAAGAAUGCAUUGAGAAGGAGAGGAGAUAUGCCAGGUAGGGAGAAACAGAAACCAACGAGAGUUGUGAAGAGGUGGGAGAAGGACAGUGCGGCGGUGAGAGAGGGUUUGGGGAAAAACGAGCAGAGUGCUGAUGAAGCGCAGGUCCAAAGUGGGGAAAGUGUAACAAGGGCGAUGUGUAGUCGCAACAGGGCGGGGGACGGGAUAAGAAGUUGGCGAGUUUGGUUAGAAAAUGGAAUCGACAGAGUGGGGCGAAAGGGCCUGGGGAGGAUGAAAGACCACGCGAAAAGGAGUUGGAGAGCAGUGGAGGAGCUUGAAACGGGCGAGGGAUCCGGAGGCAGCAAAGCUCCCGUCCAUCCUAAGCACGCCUUUGUCUCGGCCCUUUCCGAAGGCGCCAAGGAGGCGGAGGAGAGGCCGGAGAGCGCAGCCAAGGCGGAGCAGGCGGCGGAGGAGGUGGCCGCGUCCCGCCCGGACAGCGCGCCCAAGUCCGAAGCCGACGCGUCCGACGCCAGGGCCGACAGCGCCGCGGAGACGGACGCCGAAGCGGCGGCCUCCCGGCCGGAGAGCGCCGCGAAAUCCGACGCGGGAGCGAGCGACGCCGCAGCCAAACCCGACGCCGAAGCGGCCGAGUCGCGGCCGGACAGCGGAGCCAAAUCGCAUGCAGAACCCUCAGAAUCCAGGCCAGAGAGCGCGGUCAAGUCCGAGGCGGAGCCGUCGGAAUCCAGGCCGGAGAGCGCAAAAUCCCAAGCACAGCCGUCGGAGUCCAGGCCUGAAAGCGGCAAGUCGCAGGCAGAGCCGUCGGAAUCCAGACCCGAGAGCGGCAAGUCCCAGGCAGAGGCGGCGGAGAGCGCCGUCAAGUCCGACGGGGAGCCAUCCGAGUCCCGGCCGCAGAGUGGCGAGGAGGAGGUGGCGGAGAGCGCCAGUGAAGCGGCCACCCGGCCAGCCAGCGCCGUCGCGUCGCCCGUCCCUCUGGCUACCGCCGCCGCCGAAGAGGCCAUCAGCACGGAGGAGCUGGUGACGGAGCAGCAGUCGAGCGCGCACUCGAGCGUGGCGGCGCUGUCCAUCGACGCGGAGGAGCUGGGAGUAGAGGAGCCGCCGCCGCCGCCCCCGCCGCCCCCCGCCGACGACGGCGCCGACAGCGACGGCUCCAGCACGCCCACGCCCGAGGCGCAGGCCGAGGCCGAGGCGGAGGCCGAGGCGGCCCCGGAAGCCCCCAGCGAGACACCCGACGCCGCCGCCGCCGCCGCCGCCACCGCCCCCGCCUCGCGGCCCGCCAGCGGCUCCGUGGAGCGCGACUCCAGCGCCAGCCGCCCCGACAGCGCCGUCACCGUCAUCGCCGCGCAGGCGGAGAAGCCCGCGGAGGAAGGAGAGGCGUCGAGGCCCACGAGCGCCACCUCGGCCCCGGCCGACGCAGAGCCCCAGCCGCAGCCGCAGCCCGAAGCGGAGGUCGCCUCGCCCGCCGCCACCUCCCGACCAGGUAUGCACACCGACCGGUAUGCUCAAAUUCAAGUUUCGGAAACACAAUCUCCAGAAUGUGUUAGACAAUAUUUAAAAUUUGUCAGCAUU